AACUCAGCUCAGGUUGUUGUUUAAGGAUCAGCAUCAAACCAGUGCGUUGUGGAAUGACCCUUAUGCCCCUGUUCAUCCACUAACAACUCCUUUUUGCUUCAUAAAAGCACAUUCCCAAAAGGGUACUCAUUCCCAACUCACAACCCACCAAGCCUUCAAUGGCGUCCAUGUCCACCGUUUUCGCCAAAACCUCUUUCCCCUCUCAUUCUCUCUCCAAAACCUUCGAUAACCAUUUCGCCCCUUCCCGCAAAGUCAACGUUUUUGUCGGAACCAAGGCCAGGAACCACCGGGGCCUUCGAGUUUCGAACGGGUUAAUCGAACCCGAUGGAGGGCAGCUGGUGGAGCUUCUGGUGGAAGAUUCACAGAGAGAUUUGAAGAAGGGUGAGGCUUUUUCGUUGCCAAGGAUAAAGCUCUCUAGGAUUGACGUUGAGUGGGUUCAUGUCCUGAGUGAAGGAUGGGCCACACCACUACGCGGCUUCAUGAAGGAAGCUGAGUUCCUCCAAACGCUUCAUUUCAACUCCCUACGACUCCAUGAUGGGUCUGUGGUGAACAUGUCAGUGCCAAUCGUUUUGGCUAUUGAUGAUGCCCAGAAGCAUCGGAUCGGGGAUUCCAAAAGGGUUGCUCUUUUCGAUUCUAAGGGCAACCCUGUUGCCAUUCUCAAUGAUAUUGAAAUUUAUAAGCACCCUAAAGAAGAAAGAAUUGCCCGAACAUGGGGGACCAUUGCCCCCGGCCUACCUUAUGUUGAAGAAACUAUAACUAAUGCUGGAAAUUGGCUGAUUGGGGGUGACCUUGAGGUUAUUGAACCCAUCAAAUACCAUGAUGGGCUUGAUCAUUUUCGCCUGUCCCCCACAGAACACCGUGCCGAGUUCACAAAACGCAAUGCAGAUGCUGUGUUUGCCUUCCAGCUCCGGAAUCCUGUUCACAAUGGUCAUGCAUUGCUAAUGACUGACACCCGUAAACGACUUCUGGAGAUGGGCUAUAAGAAUCCUGUCCUCUUGCUCCAUCCUCUGGGAGGAUAUACCAAAGCUGAUGAUGUCCCACUUGAUUGGCGAAUGAAACAACACGAGAAGGUACUUGAGGAUGGGGUUCUUGAUCCAGAGACAACUGUUGUAUCCAUAUUCCCUUCUCCCAUGCACUAUGCAGGACCCACCGAGGUGCAGUGGCAUGCAAAGGCUAGGAUUAAUGCAGGGGCUAACUUCUACAUUGUAGGUCGUGACCCCGCAGGCAUGAGCCAUCCAGUUGAGAAAAGAGAUCUAUAUGAUGCCGACCAUGGGAAGAAAGUAUUGAGCAUGGCACCAGGACUAGAGCGUUUAAACAUUCUUCCUUUUAGGGUUGCUGCAUAUGACAAGACUCAAGGUAAAAUGGCAUUCUUUGAUCCUUCAAGGCCUCAGGACUUCCUCUUCAUAUCAGGCACAAAGAUGCGCACGCUUGCAAGGAACAAAGAGAGUCCUCCAGAUGGAUUCAUGUGCCCUGGUGGCUGGAAGGUGCUGGUUGAUUAUUAUGAUAGCUUAGUACUCUCAAGUAACGGCAAAGUGCCAGAAGCUGUUCCAGCUUAAUGAUGUAUUUUAAUGUGUAUAUCUGAUGAUUGGGAGAAACUUUAAACUUUACAUAUUCUCCUGCUACGACCCAGAUUCCACAAGGAUCUUCUGCCCCAAAUCCUUUAAUAAUAAUGAAAACUUUGGUUGGGGUGGCACCGGCACAUAGACACAUUGCCUCUCCCUUUAUGUAUGAUCUCUUGCACCUACAGUGCAAUUGUGCAUGCUAGUUCUCUGUAAUAUAAUGUGGUUGUGCUAAGGAUUUGGUUUUACGGUAUUCGUCUCUACACUUUUAUUCAUUAUUGUUUUUGG